AUAUAUAUAUGACAAUAUGCUUCAAGUCAUGUCAAUUCACUACCCAGUGAGCUUAUGCUUGAUACAGGUGCUGCAAAAAAAAAAAAAGAGGAACAAUAUAUUGUAGAAAGCUUACCCUGUUACCUCCUGGGGAAAAACUGAAUGUGGAGUUUGACGAUGAUGGUGUGGCUAUUGGUGAUAAUGCUUCAUUAUUUUCUUUCUUCUUGGGUCAACAAGUUCGAAAUAAAGCUAUAUGUUCGGUACAAGUUAAAUGUUGGGACGAUUAUAAAUCUGAAACAUUAGACCAUUUGUGGGUUGCAUCACGGUAAUAUGUUAUCAUAAUAAACAUGUUUAUGGGGUUUUUCUUUCUCUUAUUAACAAUGAAACAUUGUCAACUUGAUGUAUGAGCAAUAAUUAAUUUAUCUUUGUCUUUUGCAGGAGAAGUGGUCAUUUGAUGACCCUGAAAAUAGGUGGGAGUGUGUUAUGAAACAUGCACAACGUUUAUUCAGAGGUGCUAGGAGAAAAUUGAAAUCAAAUUACUUUAAUGAUAAAAACUUGAAAACAAAAGAAGAACGUCUUAAAAAUAAGCCUAGUCAUCUGACUAAAGUGGAAUGUAAGUUCUUGGUUGACUAUUGGAGUGAAGAGGCGGUUAUGGAGAAGAGCAAAAAAGCAAGUGAAAGUAGGGCACAUCUGAAGAUGCCUCACUAUAAUGGCACUAAAAGCUUCGGUCGCACUAGACAAGAAAUAAGGAAGAAGAAUGGCGGGAAGUGUUCUCGAGUUGAUGUAUUGGUUGCAACUCGUACAAGAAAAUCUGAGAAGGCUGUGAAUGCAAUCAAUUUGGCAAUUAACACUCAUGCAGUAGAUGAGAUAAACAAAUUAAAGGAACAAAGAGAGCAAGGUCUUAAUGAGAAAACAGAUGAGCAAAUUAUUCAGGAUGUGCUUGGCAAAGAUACACAUGGGUAUUUGAAAGCAUAUGGACCUGGUAGAAGUAUUAUGCAACAUUUUAAAGUAAAGCCCUCUCGAAUUGAUCUUACUCAAGAGGUGAAUGAAGUUAAAAAGAAAGCAGAUGAAGCAAUUGAAGAUGCAAGAAAAGAAGCUGAAAAUGCUAGAACAGAAGCAGAAUAGGCUAAAUUAGAAGCUGAACAAGCCAAAAAAGAGGCGGAAGCUGUUAAGAAUGACGUGGAAAGAAAAAUUGCUGAUAAUAAUGCAGUUUGGGAGAAGAAGUUUAGUCAACUUCUGGAUUUUCUUGGAGCAGGAAGUUCAUCAGAUUCUGAUGAUUCAGGAUGUCAAGGUUCAAAGGAAUGAAGUAAGUAAUGCUAUCUUCACCGGUUAUGCAUUAUACAUUUUAUCUUAUAUUCAAUACAAUUGUUACAUUUUUUAAAGCUAAAGAAUCUUGACCUCUUACGAUUGGCUUAAAGCCUUCCU